AAAUCCGAAAAUCAAAAAAAAGGGGGCCAAAUUCAGUGAGCCUCUUGUCACUUCUGUAUGAAAACCGGGAAAUAAAAUCGUAAAAAAAGCAUGAACAGUGUCAAAAUUGUCAAAACAUGUACAGUGUUUAUAAUAAUUACUUGAAUUUAUCAGUUAUGCAUACAUAUUACUAAAAUACACAGUUUCAAAAGUUUCAUAGAAUAGGAAUGGAUGGAAAAAUGUUAAAUUUGUAAAAAAAGUAUGUUUUUUUGAAAAAUCAAAAUAUACCAAAUUUUAAUAAUUAUUGUGUUUUGCCUUUGAAGAAAUGGCUGGAAAUUUUUGGCAAAGCUCACAUCAUCAACAAUGGAUACUCGAUAAGCAAGAGCUAAGGCGCGAUCGCCAGUUUGAUUUGAAUAUUUUAUCAGAAGAAGAAUACCAAAAAGUAUUUAAUUUUUUUGCUAGUAUAAUUCAAGUUUUAGGCGAACAACUUAAACUUCGUCAGCAAGUAAUCGCAACUGCAACAGUUUACUUUAAAAGAUUUUAUGCAAGGAACUCUUUGAAGUGUAUUGAUCCACUUCUUUUGGCACCAACAUGCGUAUUUCUUGCAUCUAAAGUUGAAGAAUUUGGUGUUAUAUCCAAUUCCAGAUUAAUAACAACCUGCCAGACAGUUAUAAAAAAUAAGUUUAGUUAUGCUUAUGGACAACAAGAGUUCCCGUACAGGACAAAUCACAUUCUGGAGUGUGAAUUUUAUUUACUAGAAAAUUUAGAUUGUUGUUUAAUUGUAUACCAACCAUAUAGACCAUUACUACUUUUUGUCCAAGACAUAGGACAAGAUGAUCAACUUCUGACAUACGCUUGGAGAAUAGUAAAUGAUUCCUUGAGAACAGAUGUUAGUUUGUUGUACCCACCCUAUCAGAUUGCAAUUGGUGCCUUACAAAUAGCAUGUGUGAUGCUUGGUAAAGACAAUCUCAAACCUUGGUUUGCUGAGCUAAAUGUUGACAUGGAUAAAAUCCAAGAAAUUGUGAGAGCUAUCAUUAACCUUUAUGAGAUGUGGAAAAGUUAUGAUGAAAAAAAAGAAAUACAAGGGCUAUUGUCCAAGAUGCCCAAACCAAAGCCAGCUCCCCAGAGAUAGCAAGACAUAUUUUGUAGUAUGGAUUUGUAUAAUGGAUAUAUAAUUUAUAAUUGUAGACAUGAAAAAUUCGUUUUUAAUUCCCUAGGAAAAGAAAUUACUAUUUUUGAUGAGGUUACUUAUAUUUCAAGUGAUUUUUAUGAAUUUUUUCAACCAUAAACAAAUACAGUGUAGAGCACACUUUAGAGCAUAAAUUAAAAGAACAACAACUAAGUUAUUUAAUUUUCCAUCACAAGCCAAAGAUACUUUCUUUAUUGGUUGUUAUGUGAUUUAAGACUAUUGUAUCCUAUUGUAGCCUUUAGACACAAAAGUAAAUUAUUCCUUUAUUGCAAGUUUAAUGUUUAAAUAAUGUCAUUGUAUUGCUAUGCUGCACAAUAACAUUGUUCAUAUAAGUAAACUGACAAAGAUAAGUAUGAUGACAAAAGCUAAAGAAAAAAGGCAAUUCUGAUGAAUUUAGUCUUAUCUGUCUGCAUGUUUUUGAGCAUUGAUACUUCAUUCAUUAACUUCACAUUUUACAACAUUAACAAUUUUGAACAUUGAAAAUGAG